AUGUCAUAUUUUAGAAUAACCCUCAUGCGGUCAGGCAUUGGCCUCCCUAAAAGGACCCAGGGAGUUCUUAAAGCUCUCGGCCUGCGGACCCGGAUGAAGACUGUUUUCUAUCCUGUCUCAUCUCAAGUCGCUGGUCAAAUCAUGCAGGUAAAGGAAUUAGUGUCGGUCAAAGAGGUAGAAAAGGCGUUGAACCGAGAAGAACUGAAGGCAGAGAAAAGGCCUAGUCCCGGGUUUUACAUCGAGAAGGCAGCACAUCGCAUUUAUUGA